AUGCAAGCUCCCGUUCUUACCUCCCCUGACUUCACUCAACCAUUCCGAGUUCAAACAGACGCCAGUGAAAUUGGAUUGGGAGCCGUUCUUACACAAGAAUGUGCAGGGAAAGAACACGUUAUUGCAUAUGCAUCCAGACUACUGAGAGGGGCAGAAAGGUCAUAUUCUGUAUCUGAGAAAGAGUGCCUAGCAGUGGUGUGGGCAGUGGAGAAAUGGAGGCCAUAUCUCGAAGGACGACUAUUUGAGGUAUUAACUGAUCAUGCUGCAUUGACAUGGGCAUUUCAACACCCCAAACCAUCAUCGCGUCUCAUCAGAUGGACCAUAAGACUCCAAGGGUUUCACUUCACUGUUAAGUACAGAAAAGGUCAGUGUAAUGUGGUAACUGAUGCUUUAUCCAGAGCUCCAAGCCUCCCUAUUUCACCUAACAUCAUUGCUGUAGCUCAAGCGUCUAAUUCCAUCUCACCACCAGUCAGUAUGCCAGUAGAUUUAUCACAGAUAGCCAUCGCUCAGAACAAUGACCCAGAAAUACAGGAAAUGGUUUCCGAAGUACCAUCUCAGACCCCACAAGACACCUCCCGAGUUCAUUAUGUAACAGAAAAUGGAUUUCUAUUCCGUAGUGUUCCAGAUGGACGAAAAGGUCAAAAACUUCAACUUGUUAUUCCAUCUGUCCAUCGUCAAGCUUUUCUUCAUUAUGCUCAUGACAAUCCGCUUAGUGGACACCUGGGUAAACUCAAGACCUUGCUCAGACUAUUGGAAACUGUAUACUGGCCAACUAUCAGAGCUGAUGUUUGGAAACAUUGUAAAGAAUGCCAAGUCUGUCAAAAAUACAAACCAUCCAUGUCAAAAUUAUCCAGUUAUCUGCAAUCUACACCUAUUGUUGGACCUGGCUACAUGAUGGGCAUCGAUCUCAUGGGGCCUUUUCCAAAAAGUGUCAAACAAAACGAAUAUCUACUUGUAAUUGUGGAUUAUUGUUCCAAGUGGGUGGAGAUGUUUCCUCUAAGGUCAGCUAAAACACCGCAGAUAGCUCGAAUUCUGGUAGAGGAGAUAUUUACCAGAUGGGGAACGCCAGCCUACCUGGUCUCAGAUCGUGGUGCACAAUUCACCUCUCAACUUCUCGGCCUGGUGUGUAAGCAGUGGGGAGUCAUUCAAAAACUGACCACAGCCUACCAUCCCCAAACUAAUCUGACGGAGAGAGUCAAUAGAAACCUGAAGACCAUGAUGGCCUCUUACGUCGGAGACCACCAUAAGCUGUGGGAUAGAUGGAUUGUUGAAUUCAGGUUUGCUAUUAAUACAGCCUCCCACGAAAGUGACUUUGCACCAGAUGAUGUUGAGGAGCAGGUCAGAGAGCAUAUUCUGCAGGACUUGGAGACAUUCUUGAGAUGUCAAGUGCCAGGAGCCAAGUUGGUUCUGUUUGGAUCAUCUAAGAAUGGCUUUGGCUUUAAACAGAGUGACUUAGACAUCUGUAUGACUAUAGAAGGCCAGGACACAGCAGAGGGCUUGGACUCCAUUGCAAUUAUUGAGAGCUUGGCUAAAGCACUACGCAAACACCAAGGUGUGAGAAACAUCCUGCCUAUUACUACUGCCAAAGUCCCAAUUGUGAAGUUUUACCACAUCAAAACUGGACUAGAGGGAGAUAUAAGCUUGUACAAUACACUGGCUCUGCACAACACACAGUUACUGGCAUCAUAUGCUGCAAUUGAUGCUCGUGUGAAGAUCCUCUGCUAUGUCAUGAAAGUGUUUUCUAAAGUAUGUGACAUUGGAGAUGCAUCACGUGGCAGUUUAUCUUCCUAUGCCUACACACUUAUGGUGCUGUACUUCCUUCAACAAAGAAACCCUCCUGUUAUCCCUGUUCUCCAAGAGAUAUUUGAUGGGGAGAGGAAACCUGUAGUGCUUGUAGAUGGCUGGGAUGUACAUUUCUUUAAGGAUUUAAAGAAUUUGUGUAAUUACUGGCCAGAGUACAAGAAGAAUAAGGAGUCGGUGGGGGAACUGUGGCUCGGGCUGCUGCAAUUUUACACAGAGAUUUUUGACUUCAAGGAGAACGUCAUCUGUGUCCGCAGGAAGGAGUCUCUCACCACUUUUAAGAAGCAGUGGACCUCCAAACAUCUUGCCAUCGAGGAUCCCUUUGAUUUGAGUCAUAAUCUCGGAGCUGGUCUCUCACGGAGAAUGGCCAGCUUCAUCAUGAAAGCCUUCAUCAAUGCACGCAGUGUCUUCGGCACCCCUGUCAGAGUUUACCCCCCAGAGUAUUCAAAUAAAAUGGAGUACUUUUUUGACCCAGAGGUGCUCACCGAGGGCAAACUCGCACCCAACGACCGCUGCUGCCGGAUUUGUGGGAAGAUUGGACAUUUUAUGAAAGACUGUCCAAUGAGAAAGAGACAGAGGCAUGACAAUACUGAUGGAUUGCUCAGUGGGCGUGACAACAUGAAGUUCUGCAAGGGAAUGAAGGAAUGCAACCCUUAUAAGAAUGGAAGGUGGCGACAGAAGGAAGAGAGAUGCUGUUUUCUGUGCGGCUCAAGUUCUCACAUAAAGAGAGACUGCCUGCUGUCUAAAUCUCUAGAGUCCUCUCCACACACAUACCAAAGAAGUCCUGCUUCAGACAGAGACAGACAAGGCAGUCCUCAACAGGACCGGAAGAGAAAGCAGAAAGCAAAGAGGGUAAUUUUGGGUACUGAAGUAGGUAGUCUUGCCAGCAGGAACACACCUGUAAAUCAGUCUGUCCAGAUGUGGAGCCCUGUCAAGUAAAACCUUUACAGUGAACUAUUACAGGCUACAGUGAAUUAUGUCUGAUCCGCAACAGCCUAAGCAGAGUAUUAUCUUAAAUCAAAGUUAGAUCACUCAGAUGAAUGUGCCUUUUAUAGGUGUUUAUUUUUUUAGUUGUUUUUUUCUUACGGAAGGAACUAUGGUUGUUUCUCAUUUUAUCUGUUUUUAUUUAUUCUUUUUUUUUUUUUUUUUUUUUUAAUGAAAGUGUCCAGUUAAUUGAAUUCGUAAUUUAGAUUGUAUCCCCACCUACUGUGUGUUUUUGAAUCAACUUGAAUUGUUUUAGUAAAUCAAAAGUUUGCACCAUUGUGUCUUGUGUGUGUGCUCCAUGAAGCAUUUUGUUUUGUAUAAAUAUGUACAGAAAGAAAUGUUGGUUGGGGUCUGUGUAUUUACAUUUGUGCUAAUAUUAAUGCAAGUAAUUGUAGAGCUGUUCUUUGUGCUUUUUUCUGUCUGGCUGGGCUUGGUUUUAGUUUUUACGCUUUGUUUUAUAGUCGUGCUUUGAUUUUGCUGAACGAGUUGUGUUUCUUUGCAGGCAGGUUACAAUGCAUUUUCUGCG